UGGAAACGGACGCUUCGAAUGCUAACAACAAGAGGUUUUGGACCCCCAUUUAUGAGGAAGAACAGAACUUGUAUGCGCAGUUGUGCAACUAACAACCAAUGUCCAACCAGAGAUGAAGCUUGGAACCGUCUUCAGCAAACAUCACAAGAAUGUCGAUCCUGUGUCGUCGAAAGAUGCGGACCAUUCAACAGAGCCAAUAGAAGCGAGGUGGCCGAUUGCAUCACAGAAGCAAAGGCUGAAUGUACAGGAUGUCCAACCUUAUCGUCCAGUGAACAAACCAACAUGAGAAGUUGUAGAAAGUGCAUUCGCGACUGCGAUGUUGAUGAUGAUGAUGUUUCUGUUGGAUUCGUUGGCAUCGAGUUUGGAAUGUUUAGAAUGUGGCCCUUCGGAUUACUGGGUAUGGAAGGAAACGAUACCGAACAUGGGGUGUCUGGUAUGUUCCCUGAACUUGGCGGAAAUCCGUUGGGUGGUUUAAUGCCAGUUGCUCCUUUCCAAGCAUUUCCUUUAUCUGGGAGUUUGACUUCGAUGUUUGGACCAAUAAACAUGGAUGAAGAUUCGAACGACGAAGAUGAAAAUGAUGAUUCGACCACCAGUAUGUACACUGGUUUUAGUGGGGGGCAAGGUCAGUCUCCAUUCAGAGGUCCACCAGGAGGUAUAAGACCUAUCGGUGGCAGAGUAACGCCAAUGGGUGGAGGACUUAGACCAAUGGGUGGAGGAAUUAGACCAAUGGGUGGAGGAAUGAGACCAAUGGGUGGAGGAAUGAGACCAAUAGGCGGAGGAACGGGAGGCCCAACAUCCGGAACAGGAGGAUUUGGCUUUGGUAGACUAGGAGGAGCCUUGUCACCGGCUAUGAGACAAUGUAUGCAAGGAUGUGCAACUAGCAACGCGUGUCUUACAAGAUCUCAAGCUUGGUCCGCAAUAAGAAGCACAACGACAGGGUGUAUUUCCUGCGUAAGGCAGCAAUGCGGCACAACUCAACCGCAACAAAUGAACGAGAUAUCGAGCUGUGUGAUCUCUGCUCGAAUCAACUGCCCGUCUUGUCCACGGCCUUCUACGGUGGAACAAAUGCAAAUGCAGCAAUGCCGCACUUGCCUUGUUAACUGCGUAAGGUCCAGUUCAGGACUGGCCUCUGCUGGUUUGGACACCUUGAGAAAGUGGGGGUAAUACAUGCGUAUAACAUCCCAUCAUCAUAUUCGCAGUUGUGUAAUACUUGCGAUUUGGUCGUUUUAAAUUAAAAAAAAUGCAUUACACAGUUUGAUUGUUUGCAGAUCAAUUGUCAGGGUGUCUUCUUACUGUUGAGAUUUAUUCAUAUAUAUAGUUAAGUGAGGAAAGACGGGGGGGGGGAGGCAUUUAACCACAUAUUGACCAAUAGGUGGCGAUACCACGAAUUAUUCACUGUAGCUUACCGUCGUGCUUAUUCCUCUUACUCACAACAACACUUAACUCAGUUCAUGCACUCUUGUAUAUCAUGUUACUACAGACUACGAUACGCAUAUAUACGCAACAAUUUUACGAUGAGAGACACACAAACAAAAUACCAGCGUGAUAGCUGCAGCGUCUGGAUACGUAACAGCAGGGGUGUUUUGUUUGACUUCAGACCUUGCAGUUACGUUCCACGACUUCCGCGAUACGCAUUUGUAGUUCUAAAUAUGCCGAUAGAACGACCUAGAAACUUACAUGCACAAAGCAUAUAGUGGUAUGGGGAAAGAUGGCACAUCUUUUCAUUUUACUUUAUCGUACCAUUUGGUAGUAGUAAACAAAGAACAUUUAAAGAAUUGUAAAACCAUAUCCUCACGACUUGUUGCAACUCGACACCUAAAGUGACGUCACGAUACCCAACCACAAUACUCCGUCAAUCAAUGUCAGCACUGCGAGUAAGACUUAUCUCAUGGCGAGACUAUUCUCAUGAAAACAACCUGUUUAUUCAGUGGCGGCUAUAGACUCUCAUUGACCGUUGUGAAAACGUGAUCAGGUUAUUAUUAAACACUUGCGUUGGAGCAUGAAGUUGUGACAAUCUUCAAGUGCAAGUGAUUGCUAAAUUUCGAAAAUAUUUUUCAUAUAUCUUUUUAUUAUAUCAGUAUAAUUAUACCAGCAUAAACCUACACAACUACAAUGUCGGGAAAUAAAACGGGACAAAAGAUAUUUUCGAUUGUGCAUCUUUGUCAUGUAAACUUUAUAUAUAUAACGUUAAAACGGUAUUUUUAUCUUAAAUUAAAGCUAUAUUGACCCGUGCCUAUCUUUCUCGUGUAAGUUUUUUACAAAACUAAAACUAUUAUGAGACCAACGGUAAUAUAUGUUCGGAUAUUAUAUUCUAAAGACGUCCCGUCUUACCCCCACAGUACUAUAUGUGGCAUUUGCACAUUUUCAUUUAACAAAUUACCCAGUCAAGUUUUGCUUCAUAAAAGGCAUAUUAUACCCGCAUUAUUCCACAUUAUAAUCUCUGACAUUUUUAUUUAAAGAGAAACAAUAAAAUGUAUUCACACCAUUUAAACCUAAACCAAAAGUGGUGUCGAAAACCAAUCGCAAUGUUGUAACAUGCAAACAUAUUUUAACUGAAUAAAACCGCCAACCGCACAAGAA